GCGCAGGAGCCCCUGGGGCAGAUCUCGCUGUCAGAAGCACUCGGGGCAGGAGGCGGGUCUCGGUGUGAAGGCUGUCACCCGCCGGGGGCACGGGGCUCACCUACCGGGUGCGGACUGUGACAGGGGCCCCAGGGACCGUCCUCCGCUGGCUAAGUGACUGCAAGCUCCGUGACCCAGGACUAUGUCUGCGCUUCUCCUCGCCCUCCUGGUGGCCGGUGCCCUGGGUAGCCCCACCCCGGUCCCCGAUCCCCAUGCCGGGGGCAGCUGCUCGUCCUGCGGGUUCCGAGCCCCGGAGGAGGCGGCUCACACGGACCUGCUGGAGGCGGUGAAGCGGCACAUCCUGAGCCGGUUGCACCUGCGGGACCGACCGAACAUCACCCACGCGGUGCCCCGGGCGGCCAUGCUCACUGCCCUGCGGAAGCUGCACGCCGGCCGGCUACGGGAGGACGGGAGGCUGGAGAUCCCCGAACUGGACGGACACGGCGGCCCCGAGCCGCCCGAGCAGAGCUCCGAGAUCAUCAGCUUCGCAGAGACAGAUGAUGUGACGGCUGCGAGGGUUCGCCUCUCCUUCACCAUCUCCAACGAGGGCAACCAGAACCUCUUCGUAUUCCAGUCCAACCUGUGGCUCUACCUGAAGCUCCCCGACGUCCUGGAGAAGAGCGGGAGGCGGAAGGUCCGCAUUAAGGUCCACCUGGAAGACCCGGCCGGCCCCGGCAGGAUGAACGUGGUGGAGAAGAAGGUGGACAUGAGGAGGAGCGGCUGGCACACGUUCCCUCUGACCGACACCAUCCAGGCGCUCUUCGAAAAGGGAGAGCGGCGGCUGACCCUGGAAGUCCAGUGCGACGGCUGCGAGGAUCGCUCGGUGAUUCCCGUCUACGUGGAUCCCGGAGAGGAAUCUCAUCGGCCCUUUUUGGUGAUUCACGCGCGGCUCGCGGACAACCAGCACCGGAUUCGGAAGCGGGGCCUGGAGUGCGACGGCCGCACGAAUCUGUGUUGCAGGCAACAAUUCUACAUUGACUUCCGGCUUAUCGGAUGGAACGAUUGGAUCAUAGCUCCGUCGGGGUACUUCGGGAAUUACUGCGAAGGCAGCUGCCCGGCAUACCUGGCAGGGGUACCGGGGUCCGCCUCGUCCUUCCACACGGCCGUGGUGAACCAGUACAGAAUGAGGGGCUUGAACCCGGGGACAGUUAACUCUUGCUGCAUUCCUACCAAGCUCAGCACCAUGUCCAUGCUUUACUUCGACGAUGAGUACAACAUUGUCAAGAGGGACGUUCCUAAUAUGAUCGUGGAAGAGUGCGGCUGCGCGUGAUAGGAAUGGCAGGAGCGCUUCCCAGAUACACUGCGCUUCCUCCCGUAGGGACGUCACGGAGGGAACAAUUUUACAAAAAGCGAGGCCAGUGUGUGGAUCUCGCGUCGUUCCCACCUUAGACUAAGCAGACCAGGACCACAGAGGCCCGACUCGCUACGAGGAGCAGCAUUCUGACGCCGGCCAAUGGAAAGAGCCUGCGGGGUUUUGUCAAUUUUUUGGGGGCCAGGAAAGCAAUUUGUGGAUUUAAAGAUUCCUGAACGUGAGCGACCGGGAAGCCUCUCCCCACCGUCCACGUUUCGGGGAAGGCUUUUCCCCGGUUUGCUCCGUAGCCUUCUUGCAGCACUUCCAACCUGGAUACAUUGUAGCCGAACUAAACAAAGGGUUAAUCCUUCCACGAUGGGUCUUCUCCAGCGGAGUAUAAACCGUGGAGUCCGUACUU